AUGGGCAAUAUCAUACACCCGCAGAUACUCGCACUCCUUUUGUCGAUUGGUAGCAUUCUCUCUAAAACAAAUGUUUCGGCCAAUUGGACUGAGGGGCCUUUGAAUGUAAUGCGAGAGAAAUUGGAAGGCUCGCAACAUGAAUAUUUCGGUGAAGAGGCACCAACUUCCACGUGCUUGUUUCGUAAUUUCCUAGAGUUAUCUAAUGUAAGGGUGGAUAAUGGUGUGAAUAUAAAGAAUACAACUUUGGGUUUCUUUGCGUGGCUUGCGUCGCUGCCUUUGUUGGUGCCGAAUGUGGCUAUCAUAAACGAAAAUGUACCUACAUUAGACGCAUUUGAUGAAUUUGACGAUAAAGAUGGUCACAAAUUUUCGAAGUGUGUACGUAGAUACUAUCGUGUUGACUUCGGCGCCUAUCAUUCCAUGAUCAAUGAAUACCACCGCACCGAUCGCUUGGCUCAUAGAGGAUUUGUGGAUGUACUAGGUGGGUUAAUUUCUCCGUCUAUACGAAUAUGUGGGAGAUCUGCGCAUACUAUGCCGUUUGCUGAGGAAAAUGAAAUUAACUUGUACGGCUUGAAUGGUUAUAGAAAUGCCUUUACUUUCAUAUUCUUUCUUGAACCUUUCAAGGUUUCAAUAACAGUGAAACGAAGAAUAAAACUAAGAGAACGUAUGGACACGCUGUGGCGAAUAAGAUCGAGACUGUGCAUGGCAAAAAACGUGGCAUAUGUAGCACGUGUAGCCCUAAGGUAUCGCAACGUUAAAUUCGUCGAAAAGCGAUUGUCCAGUCAUGGCGUUAGUAUGUUCAGUGCAUUGAAUAAAGGUCGUAGCCCUCUGGUACCAUUUUUUAAUGUAGUAAAGGAUGACUUCCUUAAUGUGCUUGAAGGUACCAAUUUGUUAGUACCCCAAGAUUACAUGGGGACAAUAAACGUUAGGGGAGAUUCCAGACGUCAAGUGAAUAUUAACUUUGAUAAACUUGUUAAAAAUCUCGGGUAUUUUCUGACUAGACGCGGGAAAGUUGUGGUAGGGGGCAGCGGGCCUUUCUACGUCGCAGAAUUAUGCAUACGCAAGAAGGUGUAUACCCUGCACAACGUUAUGGAGGCUGCCAUAAUUAGCAAAGUUUGGCGGCCCUCCAUGCGAUACGCGGUUGCGGCCACAUUUCAUGGCGUUAGGCACAUGAGUAAGUUGGUCGCCUUAGUGAAAAUAUUCGGAAUAGCCACAGUAGCCACUGUGUUGGCUUUCGGUGGGAUACUACGCCGCGUCAAUGUUUACGAACCAUUGAGGUGA